CAGGCGCUGUAAAUCUUGGAUCCUCUGGCACGUCCUUCUCCGUCCCCGGGGCGAGGAUGGCUGAUGGCUCCCGGGCGGCGCUGAGGCUGCUGUGCUGGAAGAGAGAUGGGGAAAAGGUACUUCUGUGAUUACUGCGACCGCUCCUUCCAGGACAACCUCCACAACAGGAAGAAGCACCUCAACGGAGUGCAGCAUCUCCGGGCUAAGAGGGCCUGGUACGACUUGUUCCGAGAUGCUGCUGCCAUCCUGCAGGAGGAGCAGAGCAAGAAACCAUGCCGGAAGUUUCUGCAGACAGGCCAGUGUGAUUUUGGGUCCAACUGCAGAUUUUCCCACAUGACGGAGCAGGACCUGGAGAAGCUGAGCGCCCAGGUGCAAGCCCUCUCUCAAGCAGGGGAGCAGCGGCUGAAGGAGCUGCGGCAGGAGGGAGCCGAUGUCCCGCUUGGCACCAUCGAGGACUGGCUGGAGAAGAGGGCAAAGAGGCUGAGCGCGGCUCAGAGCAACAGCGCCCUGCCUGAGAAACCAGUGCCCUUCCAGUACCCGCCGGGCUGGCCGCCGCCGCAGGAGCUGCCCCCAUCCCUGCAGGCCCCCCCGGCCGGGGGGUGGCCGCUGCCCCCCAACCUGCAAUGGGGCUGAGGCGCCCUGCUGGGGCUGGACGUCGCCCUCGCCUGAGAAAGGCACCAAAUUACUGACGUGUGCUUUUAUUUCAAUAAAAUUCUCCUCCUCCUCUCGCA